UUUGAUCAGCUGUUGCAGUGGUGCAAAAAGCUGCGGAGUCACGUCACAACUCCCAUGCCAUCGCCUUUUAUGUGCAGCUCUGUCACGGUCAAAGUAACCAGGAAGCACUUAAUAAGAGGCGAUCCAGUGUUUGCGGCGUCCACACUGCGGCCAACCAUGGAGCUCCGCGCACCGCAAACUUCCUGCUUUCUGAUCUCCGUGUUAAUCCUCGCUGUUACUGCGGACCUGCAGGCACCUGAAGUUCACACAAAGCUCGGGAGCCUGAGAGGUGAGUAUGUGAGUGUAAAGGGCAAAGAGACCGGAGUCCACGCCUUCCUGGGUGUCCCAUUUGCCAAGCCACCCGUAGGUCCUUCCCUGAGACUGGCUCCACCNNNGCCUGUAGAGGGAUGGAAAGGAGUGAGAGACGCCACCAAGCAGCCAAACAUGUGCAUUCAAAAUAUAAAGAUGAGUUUGGAUCUGCUUGAAAUGAUUGGUGCCGAGCUUGCAGAUGUUCCAGACAUUUCAGAAGACUGUCUUUACCUGAACAUUUACACUCCAGCAACCAGAGCUAAAGAUACCAAGCUCCCAGUGAUGGUCUGGAUCCAUGGUGGGGGCUUCACUAUAGGUGGAGCUUCAGUCUAUGAUGGUUCUGCUCUGGCUGCUUACCAGGAUGUGGUCGUGGUUAUGAUCCAGUAUCGUUUGGGACAUCUGGGUUUUCUCAGCACUGGAGAUGAACAUGUACCAGGGAACUUUGGGCUGCUGGAUCAGGUAGAAGCUCUGAGGUGGGUCCAGCAGCACAUUCACAACUUUGGAGGAAACCCAGAUUUAGUGACCAUAUUUGGGGAGUCAGCUGGUGGAGUGAGUGUAUCUCUCCUGCUCCUCUCACCAUUGUCUGAUGGCCUGUUCCACCAUGCCAUUGCUGAGAGCGGCACAGCUGCAAUGGAUUAACUUGUGUCAGAUAAUCCUCUGCCAAUGACGCAGAUGGUUGCAAAUGCAUCUGGCUGUAGCAUUGAAAGCACAGAGAAGAUUGGGGAUUGCAUGAGAAACCUUGAUAUUGACACGAUAGUGGCUAUUGGGGAGAAUGAACAAUUGAGAAUUUUCAUAUGCGCUGAUGGACACUUCCUGACGAAAACUGCAGAUGAGCUGCUCCAUAAACGUGAACUUCUCACUCUACCAUUCAUGACUGGUGUUAAUGAUGAUGAAGGAGGAUGGAUGCUUACUAAUUUCUUUGCUCCUCCAAACUGGACAGAAGGAAUUGAUCGGGAGCAGGUCACGAACGUGCUGUCCGUCUUCUAUUCUGAUCCCAAAGGUGCAGUCAAGAAAGAUCUGAUAAUAGAUGAAUACAUUGGAAGUGGUGAAGACCGUGUGAAAAACAGAGAUGGAUUGACUGAGAUGAUUGGAGAUUUUAUCUUUAACAUUCCAGCCAUUAUAGCUGCAAAUGCUCACAGAGACGCAGGCGCCACUGUAUACCUGUAUGAGUACCAGCAUCCUCCCAGUAUGCUGCAGAAAAAAAGGCCUAGCUUUGUUGGAAGUGACCAUGGAGAUGAAAUCUUUGGCGUGUUAGGAUUCUGCUUCACAACUACCCAUGUCAAAUUAACCGAUUCAUGCACUGAAGAGGAGAGGCAGCUGAGCAAAACCGUGAUGAGCUACUGGGGCAACUUUGCUCGCACAGGGUCUCCUAACGGGGAUGGCCUUGCCCAUUGGCCAAAGUAUGGAACAGAAGAGGAGUAUCUGGCAAUUGGUUUAAAGGAGCAGGUAGUUGGUCGAGCCCUGAAGAAGGACCGGUUUGUUUUUUUGACUCAGACCCUCCAAGAGGAGAUGCGACGACAUAAUGAGAAAGUAGAGCACAGCGAGCUCUAAAACAAUCACAUCUCUUCUCCUCUAUCAUUUUUUAAAAAUAAUUAUCCACUGUUAAGUCAGCCGAAUGCCUUACAUGUACAGUUUGAAUCCUGUGUGAUUUUGAGAUUUCAACAAAUGGAAGCACUUUGUUUGUACUUUUUCCAGAUUAUGCAAAGUACCAUGUAUUGUAAGAAAUUUAGAAUGAUUUUCCAGUUACACAACUUAACCAAAAAAGGUGUGUGGAGGCGGGAAAGGGGUGUUAAAACCUCGUCGGGGUAAAUACAUUUUCCAGGAGCAUUAACAUCAUUUCGAAGAGUGAUGGCUUCAGUAGGGUGGCCGGGAAGUGCAAAACAAAUUUACAAGUGGCGAAACACUUUGACAAACUCCCAAAAUACUUCUACAAGUAAAAUCAACCGGAAAGGGAAUGUGCCAACUCUGGGACUGAACCGAAAGUUGUAGCGGGGAGUGACCAAUAAGAGUUGUUGUCAUUUAUGGAGCUCAUGGUGACCCAAGAUGGACAGCGACCGAAUGAUGCUUUGCCUGUUUUGUUGCACACAUGAGCCGAUUAACGCGGUUUUCUGGUCCAUGCCCCUUAAAAAUUCUAAAGACCGACCACACAACAAACAAAACCGCGGCCACCGUACUUCAGGGAAUUUUUACUUGCUGUUUUUUGUUUCCAUGUUUAGUUUCGGUGUAAUGAUCUGGAUUUUAAUAUUAAAUGAAAAUGUCAGACUAAAGAAGGUAAUUUGUGCAAUACAAUAGCAGUAAAAAAAACAAAAAACAAAAACGAGCUCAUCCUUUUUAGGUGAUAGUUCAAAACUGCUGUCCUGUGUUAAAAUUGUGAUACACAUUCAAACUGUUGCAAAAAAUAAAGAGAUGUGACAAAGAA